UUUAUAAUUAAUUGAUGAGAUCCCUUUUUGGGAUUUGUCUAGCUUCUUAAAACCACAGCACGUGUCACCUUCAUCCAUGAAAAUCAAUUACUACUAAACACCAUUCUUUCUCCACUCUUUGAAGCUCAGUCUGUACUACAAUGGGUUCCUUACGUGCACUACAAUUAUCCAACAAUUCCUGCUAUUCAAAUAUAUCCCCACAAUUCAUUAAACUCCGCACAAAGCAAUUCCAUAAUCACCCUUUUAUCUUCUUCAAUCCAAGAAUUUCUUUUCUUCGUCACCACCAAUCAUCAUCACCUCCCGUCAAUUACAACACAGUCAUUACCAGCGUUUCCUCUACUGAAACCAGCAGAGGGGAAGAUAUGAGGAAUACCAAAUCAAAGUUGGGUAGUGGAAAAGUGAGGCUUUUUGUUCAUUUAGAUCAUCAGGUUAAGUAUGGUGAGCAUGUAGCAAUUUUAGGGUCUGCAAAAGAAUUGGGAAUGUGGAAGAAGAAUGUGAAAAUGAAUUGGAAAGAGUCAGGUUGGGUUUGUGAUUUGGAGUUGAAAGGGGAUGAGUCUAUUGAGUUUAAGUUUAUUGUUAUUGGGAGUGACAAGAGUGUUUCAUGGGAAGGAGGGGCUAAUCGAAUCAUUAAACUGCCGAAAGGAGGGAGUUAUAAGAUUGUAUGUCGGUGGCACGCAACUUCGGAGGCUAUUGAGCUGUUGCCUUUGAAUUUGGAAGAGAAUGUGGUGGCUGUGGAUGAGGGUGAGGGUCAGAAUGGAUCGGUUAGUGGUGAUGCUGUUCUGGAGGUGGGGACUACUAGUCCUUUUGUUGGGCAAUGGAAAGGGAAGGAUGUCUCGUUCAUGCGAUCUAAUGAUCACGGGAGCAGAGAAUCUGAAAGAAAAUGGGAUACUUCAGGCCUUGAGGGAUCGGCUUUAGCACUAGUGGAAGGUGAUCGGGGAGCGAGGAACUGGCGGAAAAAGCUUGAGGUUGUAAGUGAACUAUUAGUUGGAAAUCUUCAAAGUGCAGAUCGGUUGGAAGCUCUUAUAUACUCUGCUAUAUAUCUAAAGUGGAUAAACACAGGGCAAAUUCCUUGCUUUGAAGAUGGAGGUCAUCACAGGCCAAAUCGGCAUGCUGAAAUAUCCAGGCUUAUAUUUCGGGAAUUGGAACGCAUUUCUUAUAGGAAAGAUACUUCACCCAAGGAAAUACUUGUUAUCCGGAAGAUCCAUCCAUGCUUGCCAUCUUUUAAGGCGGAAUUUACAGCAUCAGUUCCUCUAACUCGAAUUAGAGAUAUCGCUCAUCGGAAUGAUAUCCCUCAUGAUCUCAAGCAAGAAAUCAAACAUACUAUACAAAACAAGCUUCAUCGGAACGCCGGCCCAGAAGAUUUAGUUGCUACAGAAGCAAUGCUUGCAAGAAUUACUAGGAACCCUGGGGAAUACAAUGAUGCAUUUGUGGAACAAUUCAAGAUAUUCCAUCAUGAACUCAAAGAUUUCUUCAAUGCUGGAAGUCUUACUGAACAACUUGAAUCGAUUAAAGAAUCUUUGGAUGAAAGAGGUGUUUCAGCUCUUACAUUGUUUCUGGAAUGCAAGAAGAACUUAGAUACUUCUCAAGAAUCAAGCAAUAAUUCUGAUUUAAUCAAAACCAUAAGGUCUCUGAGUUCUCUAAGAGAUGCACUCGUAAAGGGUCUUGAAAGUGGUCUAAGGAAUGAUGCCUCUGAUGCUGCAAUAGCUAUGCGACAGAAGUGGCGUCUUUCCGAAAUUGGGCUCGAGGACUAUUCUUUUGUUCUUCUGAGCAGGUUACUUAACACACUUGAAAAUGUGGGAGGGGCCAAGUGGCUUUCAGACAACGUGAAUUCAAAAAAUGUAAGUUCUUGGAAUGAUCCACUUCGGGCCCUUGUUGUUGGUGUUCGCCAACUGGGUUUAUCUGGUUGGAAGCCUGAGGAAUGUGCUGCUAUUGGAUCUGAGCUCCUUGCCUGGCAAGAGAAAGGUCUGUCUGAAAAGGAAGGAAGUGAGGAUGGCAAGCUAAUAUGGGCGCUGAGGCUGAAAGCUACUCUUGAUAGAGCACGAAGGCUAACGGAGGAGUAUUCUGAAUCACUUCUUCAGAUAUUUCCACAAAGAGUGGAGAGGCUAGGAAAAGCACUUGGAAUUCCUGAAAACAGUGUAAGGACGUUCACUGAAGCUGAGAUUCGUGCUGGGGUAAUUUUUCAGGUUUCAAAACUAUGUACAUUGCUUCUGAAAGCUGUUAGAAAUACACUUGGCUCUCAAGGUUGGGAUGUUCUUGUUCCUGGAGCUGCCUUUGGCUUAUUAUUUCAGGUUGAAAGCAUUGUGCCCGGAUCACUACCAUCAACUACAAAAGGACCGAUUAUUCUUGUGGUUAACAAAGCUGAUGGAGAUGAAGAGGUAACAGCUGCUGGCAGCAACAUUGUGGGAGUUGUGCUUCUGCAGGAGCUACCUCACUUAUCUCAUCUUGGCGUUAGGGCCCGACAAGAGAAGGUUGUCUUUGUGACAUGUGAAGACGAUGAGAAAGUUGCUGACAUGAAAAGGCUCACUGGAAAAUAUGUGAGGCUGGAAGCAUCCUCAAGUGGCGUAAAUCUGACUUUGGCAUCACCAGUAGGUGAUAAUGGUGACUCUAUUCUGAGAGAUGUUCCAGUUAAUGGAGCAUCUACAGUUGAAGCCUCUAAAUCUAAUGAGUUGGCUAGCCAAGCCUCUAAUUCCAAUCAAGGUUCUUCAUCUGGAGGUCUUAUUCUACUUGAAGAAGCAGACGCGCUUUCCUCAGGUGCAAAGGCUGCUGCCUGUGGUCGUUUAGCUUCUUUGUCAGCUGUUUCUCAGGAAGUUUACAGCGACCAAGGAGUGCCAGCUUCAUUUCAAGUCCCUAAGGGGGCAGUUAUACCUUUUGGUUCUAUGGAAUUAGCAUUAGAGCAGAGUAAAUCCAUGGAAACAUUUAUAUCACUUCUAGAACUUAUUGAAAAUGCUGGACUUGACGGUGGUGAACUCGACAAAUUAUGCUCUCAACUUCAGGAAUUAGUCUCUUCCACACAGCCUCCGAAAGAUAUAGUUGACGGAAUAGGCAAAAUGUUUCCAGGCAAUGCACGGUUAAUUGUACGUUCAAGUGCCAAUGUUGAGGACCUGGCCGGAAUGUCAGCUGCCGGACUUUAUGAAUCAAUACCUAAUGUUAGCCCAUCAAAUCCAACUGUAUUUGCGAAUGCUGUUAGCCGAGUUUGGGCCUCUUUGUAUACCCGAAGAGCUGUUUUGAGCCGUCGAGCUGCUGGUGUGUCUCAAAAGGAUGCUACAAUGGCAAUUUUAGUACAAGAAAUGCUUUCGCCGGAUCUCUCAUUUGUUCUGCACACAGUCAGCCCAACUGACAAUGAUCACAAUUUAGUCGAGGCCGAGAUUGCCCCAGGGCUCGGAGAAACCCUUGCUUCAGGUACCCGUGGCACUCCCUGGCGUCUCGCAUCUGGGAAGUUUGACGGGCUUGUUCGAACAUUGGCCUUUGCAAAUUUUAGCGAGGAAAUGAUCGUAUCUACUGCAGGUCCUGCUGAUGGGGAAGUAAUCCGUUUGAAUGUCGACUAUAGCAAGAAGCCAUUGACGGUUGAUCCGGUAUUCCGUCGUCAGCUUGGUCAGCGUCUCUGCGCUGUUGGUUUUUUCUUGGAAAGGAAAUUUGGGUGUCCACAAGAUGUGGAAGGAUGCCUUGUCGGAAAAGAUAUCUACAUUGUCCAAACACGCCCACAGCCGUAGCAACAGUUUCUCGUACAUCUCUUCAGAUCACUACUAUGAGAAAGCUUGUAUAUUGCAUUCACCGUGCUACGUUGGUCACUAACAGGCAGGAAUUAUGGUAUUCUAUAUGUAUCAAUUGGGCAAGCUUAAAUAAAAUUAUUUAUAUCAUACUAUAUAAUAAAUUUCUUUUGACCGCGGUCCCAUUUCGACCGGCAAGGUAAGGGCUUCAUGUAAGAUCUGUAGCUAGUUGUACCUCCUGCCAAUUCAAUAAGAGAUCUCGGGUCAAAUCAGUCUAUCCGGCUACUUGUAUUAUUUUUCCUAUCGAAUAAGCUUAUUUUAUGAGCACUAUAUAGAGGCAGUUGAAAUGCAAAAUUUCCGAGUUGCUUAUUA